AUGACUUCCGACUUCCCAGCAGCUUCUUCGUCGCAGCAGCCUUUCACGAGCCCUCAGCCUGCCCCCGUCACCCCUGCACACCCGGCAGCACCCCCUCCGGCAGAGAACUUGAAAUCAUGGUGGGCGAGAUUUAGGAAAGACCGCCCAAAGCAUGAGACACAGGGUAAUUACUUCCACGAUCCGUCAUUUGAAAGCAGGCACCUCAAUACGAAUUUUGGAGAGCUGAAUAUGGAAGUUCUUUCCCACAAUUACGCUCCUGCAUGCAAAUUGGGGGAUGCAAGUGGAGGGCAUCUAUUAUUCACGGGUUUUGAUGCGUCCAGCAUUCAUCAAACAACAAGAGCUGUGACUCCCUCAGAAGACGUCCCAAUCACUCUCCUUGCCAACGACAGAGACCACAAAACUCGGAGACCGAAAUCAGCCUCUACUGUUAUGACUUCGCCAGAUCCAAGUGAGAUAUUUGGCGCAGGCAAACAACCUAGCACCAAGCGGAUGCGCAAACCCUCUCCACAAAUAUUUGCUACAGAUGCGUUGAAGCUACGUUUGAUGAAGUCACGCUGGUCUCACAAAUCAAAGAGAUAUGCUAAACAAUCAGGUGAUACAGUAGACCACCCGACAGGCAUAUUCGGGGUCCCGCUCCGCCAAAGCAUCACUUACGCGAACGUUGCCAUCUCACUUGUCGAUCCCGAAGGGAAAAGUUAUAUAUAUGGUUAUGUGCCGAUUGUGGUAGCAAAAUGUGGAGUGUACUUGAAGGAGAAAGCUACUAAUGUGGAGGGCAUAUUUCGACUCAGUGGUUCAGAGAAACGGAUCAAAGAACUGAAGACGAUAUUUGACUCGCCGGACAGGUACGGAAAAGGCCUUGACUGGAAUGGAUAUACGGUCCACGAUGCGGCGAACGUUCUGCGAAGAUAUCUUAAUCAGCUUCCCGAACCUAUCGUCCCAUUAGAUCUGUACGACCGAUUUCGAGCGCCUCUUCGUGGACACGUAAUGCAAGCUGUUGGUGAUAACGAGGGCAUGCAAUUGCCAGACACCUUCGACAUAAACAAAGCUAUCGUUACCUAUCAGCGACUAAUUACUGAGCUACCUCCACUUAAUCGCCAACUUUUACUCUACAUUCUCGACUUGCUCGCCGUCUUCGCGUCCAAGGCCGAUGAGAAUCGCAUGAACUCUCAAAAUCUCGCAGCUAUCUUCCAACCAGGAAUGCUUUCACACCCAUCUCACGAUAUGGCACCUAGCGAGUACCGACUGAGUCAGGAUGUAUUGAUAUUCUUGAUUGAGAAUCAAGAUAACUUCCUGAUCGGAAUGCGGGGCACAGCUGCGGAUGAACAGACCGUGCAAGAGGUGUCAGGAGGUACCCCGCCUCCAGGAACGCCUAGCACUCCAAGUAAAUCAAAGAUGGUUGGGAGAUCCGCAUCGAAUGCGAGCGCUGGUGCAGAUAGCAUCCGGAAAUUUGGGGGAGUUCGCCGAAACGUCUCGGUAUCAUCAAGGAAUUCGAGACAAUCGAAUGGUGCACCAAGUCCAGCGAGUCCUGCUUACGGAAAUCCUUUGACCCAUCCUAACACUGGGGGCAUUCAUCGAAGUAAUACUGUUCCUUCAAAAAAGUCGCCCGGAUUGCCAUCCGGCAGAUUGCAGAAGAACUCUGGAUCGCCAUCGCCGACAGGUGCCAUGUUCGUCCCCCAACAAGGGACAGUUCCCCGCAGUUUAUCACCGGCACAAAGGGCUGUUGCACCUUCUUCGCCCGGUCUAGUACCUGCUUCGCCAAUGGGGAAAUCAAGCUUGGCGCCAUCCUCGCAGGCUCCUUCAUCGGCUGUCACAAGCCAGGAGAGAUUACUUGGUGAUCAUGAGCAUGGCGAGAGACUGCUGGAAACGCCGGCGAAAGAGAGAACUGUGUCUAACCUGUUUAAUCGAUCGCCUACAGCCGACAGCGAGAGGAGGCAGCCUAAUAAGCUGAGGAAGAAUCCAAGGAAGCGGAUCCCGAGUAGCUCGAAUCCAAGUGCCCACAGCUCGACAAACUCGCUUCACGGCCAGCAGCACUCAACUUCUGUAUCUCCGGCGUUCCUACCUACCCACGGGCCACAAGACUUAGUAGAGCACCCUGUCUUAGAGAGUAUGUCUUCUGGGCAUCCUGAGGUAUCCAACACAGCGCCAACUCCACCAGUCAGUGAGAUUCCUCGAGCCGACCCACUUGGGCACCCCCAAGAACACCCCCAAGAGCAAGAGCAUGCUCAAAGCUCCGACCAAACGUUGAAACCCAUCACUUCACCAACGGCUUCAGUUCAUUCGCACUCUUCGUUUAACGACCAUUCUGAUAUGGAUCACGGAGAUGAGCAAGCUAUCAUGGAAUUGAAAGAGAAGCGAUCUCGAUGGAGGCUUUCACGCCAGCGCGAUAAUUCCCAAACCCCGGGGAGUGCACUUUCACCGAAGAAAGGUAUGGGAUCAGAUGCUGGUGCCGGAGCUAGCUCAAGUUCCGUUGGAAGCGCAUCGCGUCCACGAAAGAGCUUCACAGGUGACACGGUUCCUGUGGGGUCUGAUUCUACCCUUGUUGCAGCACAUCCUCAACCAAGCAACGAGAGCGGAAGCAACGCAAAUACCGAAGAGAAAAGGGGUCUUCUCGGGAGAUUCAAGAACAAGCUUCGGGAAAAGCGAGAGGAGAAAGAGGCAGAAAAGGAACGGACUAAGAGCCCACCUGCGUCUGAGCGUAUGAGCUUAAGUACCACUUUCCCUCCCACCAGAGGGAAAAGCAUCGAGAUACCGAGGGAGCAACUCCAGGAGAAAGUAGCCGAGGAACCAACACCUUCUCAAACCGAACAACCACUGCGGUGA